GUCAUUCUAAGUAGCCGUAUUUAUUUCUGUUUAAAAUCGACUUUGAUAUAUUUAACGAGGUUUCCUGAAAGCACCACAAGUUGCCUACCCUGGUAACAAGAGUGGGUGGCGGCUGUGCCAAAACUGCCAACACGCGACCCCCGCGAUACACGCAUAGGAAGGGGCGACCACGUGGAUUUGGUAACUUUGGUCCAGCGGCGCAGACAUUGGUGUUAUCGAGUCACAACAAGUAAGUCAAUUAUCGAGUCACAACAAGAAAGAUGAAUCACAUUCCAGAAGACAACCGGCAGUACAAAUGUGUCAACUACUGGGACGAAAGGUACAAGGUGGAGGAAAGCUACGACUGGUUGGGUGGUUUCUCCAAAUUCCGACACAUCUUGGAAAAAUACAUCAAGAAAGACGACUCCAUUCUCGUACUUGGCUGUGGGAACAGCAGUAUGAGCGCUGACAUGUACGACGCCGGCUACCGCUCCAUCACCAAUAUCGACUACUCCUCGGUGUGCAUUAACACCAUGAGCGCAAAACACGCCGACCGCCCGGGUAUGAGCUGGCGGCAGAUGGAUAUGCGCCAGCUUUCCUUCCCCGACGCGUCCUUUGACGUGGUCCUAGAGAAGGCCACGCUGGAUGCCUUGAUGGUGGAGGAGAAAACCCCCUGGGAGGUGUCCCCUCAGACUGCCCAUUUCAGUCACCAGACCCUCACUGAGGUGUGUCGCUGCCUGAAGCCUGCAGGACUGUUUGUCUCGGUUACCUUCGCCCAGCCCCUCUUCAGGAGACGUCUCUACGCUCGCAGCGAGUACCACUGGUCCAUCACACAACACAGCUAUGGGGAGGGCUUUCAGUAUUUUGUGUACGUGAUGACCAAAGGCCAGGCUCUUAGCUCAGAAGAUGCAGCUCUGGAGAAGAAGCUAUUAGAAAGUACUCAAUCUUUACCUCCAAAAACCCUUACAACAACAGAGAACCUUGAUCAGGAAGACUUCCUGUCUAAAAUUGACUUAUAGGAGGAUCUGUUCUGUGCUGUUCCUUAGCUUGGACUUAUACAUUUUAUCUUUAAAAUCUGAAAAUAUACUGACUACUGAACAAGCGAACAUGUCAUCGUUAAGAUACCGUUUUACAUGCUUUUUUAUUAUGGCAAAUGAUUCUAUAAAAAGUAAAUCUGGUUUUAAAUUGUAAAUUUUUUGUAAGGUACAAAAUACUGUUUUCUUUUAAUUACCUUUUUAAACAUUUUUUAGAUGUAAAAAAAACGGAAA